AUGGCUUCCUUCCUGCUUCUUGUCUUUCUCUUUCCUCUGACACAAGCUCAAUUCGGCUUAUUCCCUGGCUUCGGAUUUCCACAACCUCCUCCACCACCAAAUCCAUGGGCAAAUCUAUUUUCGAAUCCCUUCCAACCUUUCCAACAACAGACUACACCAGCUACUACAACUCAGUUAGCCAUCGAAAAUGUACCCAAUCCCGAUUUGGAAAGAGGAAACUUCCCUGCCCCGGAUCCACGAAUGUGGCCUAUCGGGCCUGAUUGGAAUGACCCACGUAAUACAUGGACAAGCGAACUUGGUUGGGGAGGACGUGAUGUAGGUAGAGCAUUCACGCAAUCAACUCGAGCCCUCAGCACUGCCCCUAUCAUAUCAACAACAGCAGUUCCUUUGAAUACUUCUGAAGAGCCGGAAGUAUCAACAGAUAAUAGCAUCCUCUCAGCUGCUUCAUCAACGCAGAUUUCUCCAAUAAUUCGACCAUUCUCACAGUUAACACCUGAUGUUAAACAGAAAAAAAUGGAGAAAGAAGUUGAAGACGACAUCGUCAGUUCUACCAAAAUUCCAAAGAUUCUCGGAGAAGAUAGUGUUAGGUUGAGUCAAAUGACAUCAAGACAGUUGGAAAGUGAUCGUCUAGUUCGUCAUCGUUCAACAUCACAAAAACGACACUAA